CUAUUCCCCUGAGCCCAAAUUCGAUCUCUCUCUUGCUCUAAACUCUCUUUGCAUUUCUCGUCCCAAAUUUCCCGAUUCAAUCGCGGAGUUUUCACUUCCCGCCUCUUUAACUCCAGCUCGAUCGGCGAACCGGACCAAACUCGUCGCCUCUCCGGUUCACGAUUCUCCCGCCGUCGUUUUCCGACGGCUCCACAACUGACCUCCUUUUCUCUUCUUACUUUUCUCGUCUCGAAUUUCCGCAUUGGACAAAGGAGCUCACAGCCUUCGUCUAGACGGAGCUAGGGUUUUCGAUGAAGGUUUUAGCGUGAUUCCCCUAGGGUUUCCGGCUUCCGAUGAUUGCGCCUCUGAUCCGACUGCCAGCUUCUUCAAAUUGCGGAGGCGAAACGCGGCGGUGGCUAGGGUUUAUGUAAUGUCCCGAUUCUCAACAUGGUGAGGCUACUCGGACUGACUCGCAGCGGCGACUCCGACGAGCCGCCGCGUGAGAUCACGACCUCCCGGACUCCGGCCGUCUCCAGCAGUGACUCCGGCGAGAACGGGUGGCUGAUUCGGUUCUUCGACUCGGCCUUCUUCUGCGAGUGGAUCGCCGUGAGCUACCUCUACAAGCAUGAACACGCCGGCGUCCGGGACUACCUCUGUAACCGAAUGUACACGUUGCCGUUGCCAGGUAUUGAGAGCUACUUGUUUCAGAUAUGCUAUAUGUCUGUGCAUAAACCAAGCCCGUCCUUGGAUAAGUUUGUCAUUGAUAUGUGCUCUAAGUCCCUCAAGAUGGCUCUCAAGGUGCAUUGGUUCUUGCUCGCCGAGCUCGAAGAUUCCGAUGACAAUGAGGGGAUCAGUAGGAUUCAGGAGAAGUGCCAGAUUGCUGCUACAUUGAUGGGGGAGUGGGACCCGCUGGUCAGGCCCCAGGCCGAGCCCGGGAGUAGCCCUGGGAGUAAGAACCAGGUGCUGAAUAGGCUGUUUUCGUCUAAGCAGAAGCUUUUGUCGCUGACGUCUUCGCCACCGGCACAGAGGUCGUUUUCGUUCUCUCCGAACAGCUCGCAGGAGGAUGGGCAGCUGUCGCCCGAUGAGAAUAAGAUCUUUAAGAAGUUUAUUCCGGGGCCGAAGGUGAGGGAUGCAUUGCUGUUUAGGAAGUCAGCCGAGAAAGAUGAGGAUGACUCCGAGAAGGAUGGGUUCUUUAAGAGGCUACUGAGGGACAGUAGAGGGGAUGAUGAGAGUGGCUCGAAGAUUAGGGACUCUUUGCUUUUUAGGAAGUCGGCAGAGAAGGAGGAGGAUGAUACGAAUAAGGACGGGUUCUUUAAGAGACUAUUGAGGGACAGUAAAGGGGAGGAUGAAGAGUUAACUUCUAGCUCCGAGGGGUUGUUUAAGAGACUGUUUCGUGAAAGUAAGAGUGAUUCCGAGGAUAAGCAAGUUUCUAAAUCAGUGGAGGAUGAAGAAAAAGAUGGAUUCUUCAAGAAGUUUUUCAAAGAGAAAUUUGAGGAUAAAAAGGAUAGAAUUGAUAGGAAUGAAGAUGAGUGUACAGCACAAUCAGAAGGGAGACGCUCAAAAUCAGCUGAAGAUGAUGAGAAAGACGGGUUUUUCAAGAAGUUAUUUAGUAAUAAGUUUGAUGACAAGAAAGAUGGGAAUGAUAAAAUUGAGGAAGGGAGUGCCAAUGGGGAGGACGAAGAGCCCUCUGACUUUUCGUUAUUCCGUAGAUUGUUCCGCGUGCACCCUGAAGAUGGAAAAAGUACUCCUAAUGAAAGCAUCAAUGGUGGCAGCUUGUUAGAAAGUAGUCCAGGGACUGAGAAUUUUUUCCGUAAGUUGUUUAAAGAUCGAGACCGUUCAGUUGAAGAUUCAGAACUAUUUGGUUCAAAAAAACAUAAAGAGAAACGUCCUGGUUCGCCAAAGCAACAAAAUGAAAAAUCAAGUGCAAAACCCCCACUUCCAACUUAUACCGCAGCCCAUUACCGUAAAGGCGCAUACCAUGAGUCGUUGGAGUUUGUGCAGUCACUGUGCGAGACAUCAUAUGGUUUAGUGGAUCUAUGUCCAAUUGAAGAUCGUAAAAGUGCCCUUCGUGAGUCACUUGGAGAGAUCAAUUUGCACAUUGCUGAGUCGCAAAAUAAUGGAGGAGUUGGCUUCCCGAUGGGGAAGGGCAUGUAUCGCGUGGUGCAUAUACCAGAGGAUGAAGCUGUUCUUCUGAAUUCCCGGGAGAAGGCACCCUACCUCAUCUGUGUAGAAGUCUUGAAAAGUGAAAUUUCUAGCAAUCCAAAGGAUACUUCUGGCUCUCAAAAGCUCUCACGAGGAGGAAUUCCUUUAGCAAAUGGAGAUGCACUACUGCCUAGACCACCUCCCUGGGCAUAUCCUUUAUGGACUGUCCAAGAGGUCUAUCGUAAUAGUAAUGAUAGGAUGUCAAGUUCUACUGCUCAUGCGAUUGACCAAGCAAUGUCACAUUCAUCAGAUUCAAAAAUGAAAUUUGUAACUGUAAAAAUAUCAGUACAGAACAAGUUGCCUAGCCAGACUCUGAAAAUAGAGAACAGAUCAAACAGUUAUCGAGGAGAGGGUCUUAAUUGUGCAUCAAAAGAAGCACAAACGAAUGAUUUGGAGUGGGUAAGGAUUGUGCUUACAGCAGAUCCUGGUGUUAGAAUGGAAGACAUUGAGGAUCAAAGACCAGGUCGACGGAAGGAACACCGUCGCGUUCCAAGUACAGUGGCUAUAGAAGAAGUAAAGGCUGCUGCAGCGAAAGGAGAAGCACCUCCUGGACUUCCUUUAAAAGGGGCAGGUCAGGAUUCAUCAGAUGCACAGCCAACGGCUAAUGGUGGUACCCCCAAGGCCAGCGACGCAUUGUCUGGUGAACUUUGGGAGGUGAAGAGAGAGAGAAUACAGAAGUUGUCAGUUUACGGAAAGUUACCUGGUUGGGACUUGCGCUCUAUCAUUGUGAAGAGUGGUGAUGAUUGUAGACAGGAGCAUCUUGCUGUGCAGCUUAUCUCUCAUUUCUAUGAUAUAUUCCAAGAAGCAGGGCUUCCCCUCUGGUUGCGACCUUAUGAAGUCUUGGUUACUUCUUCGUACACAGCUCUCAUUGAAACCAUUCCAGAUACGGCGUCACUUCAUUCUAUCAAAGGUAGAUAUCCUAACAUCACUAGCUUGCGGCACUUCUUUGCUGCUAAGUAUCAAGAAAAUUCUCCAACUUUUAAACUUGCCCAGAGAAAUUUUGUUGAAAGUAUGGCUGGAUAUUCCUUAGUGUGCUAUCUUCUGCAGGUGAAAGAUCGGCACAAUGGAAACCUGUUAAUGGAUGAAGAAGGUCAUAUUAUACAUAUUGAUUUUGGCUUCAUGCUCUCAAAUUCACCUGGGGGUGUAAAUUUUGAGAGUGCUCCAUUUAAGUUGACACGUGAACUUCUUGAGGUUAUGGAUUCUGAUGCCGAAGGAGUUCCGAGCGAGUUCUUCGAUUACUUUAAAGUUUUGUGCAUUCAAGGGUUCCUUACGUGUCGGAAGCAUGCAGAACGUGUUAUUCUUCUUGUAGAGAUGUUGCAGGACUCUGGUUUCCCAUGCUUUAAAGGUGGUCCACGGACAAUACAGAAUCUAAGGAAGCGAUUUCACCUGAGUUUGACAGAAGAGCAAUGUGUGUCCUUGGUCCUUUCCUUAAUCAGCAACAGCUUGGAUGCUUGGCGGACACGUCAGUAUGAUUAUUAUCAGAGAGUACUGAAUGGAAUAUUGUGAUGGUAAUUUAUUGAUGAUCACCUGAUUUUAUUCAAGAAAGCCACCUCAGAGUGUAGUUUGAUCGCAAGUGCAUAUGUGAGUGGGAUGUGCUUCUGAUUUUCCUCGAAGAUGGAAAUAUAGUGGUUUUGGCCUGCUUUGCUGGGUGAGGAAUUUAUACUUGUAUUGGCUAAAUUACCUAGGCAACACCUAGAAGGGUUUAAUCUGCAGGUUACUAUUUAUUCUCCCACUUUCAAUAUGAGACUGCUGGCUAGUGGGAAUUCGUAUAUUCUACAGGAAAAGAUGGCUACCCUUCACUGGACUCCCCACACUGUACAUAGUGAUUGCAAUUGAGCACUGAAUGGCUUUGAUAAUUUCUUGGUGUGCUGCUAUUGCAAGUUUGCCACAGAAGCCAGAUCAUUACUGUUGUAAAUCCACUGUUUUCGGUUGAAGUUCUUCUUAGUGUCCAAGUCAAAGCCUGGAUAUGCGCUUAAAACUUCAAGAGGUGGCAUUGUUUCAAAUCUGGUUUCAGUUGGGCGGCAUCCAUUUGCGAAUGAGUGUAUUCCAUAUGAAAGCUGUGCAAGCAAAAUUUGCAUGCAAUUCUAUCGUGUGUUAUAGAUCCCAUAUAGUGAUAUCUGUCAAAUCCGAUUUCUCGUGUAAGUAAUUCUUUUGGCAUUGAUCGCAAUCUCCAGUCUCUGUAACAUUGCAUACAGGAGCUUGUGCUUGCGAGUUUGAUGUUUUUACAUUUGCCUUUUGUGUCAUUCUCCUUGGUUUUAAUGAUCCGACGUUUCUCAA